UUCCUCCAACCCACCUCGUGUUCAAUUCAAACCACUUCCCGCUCUCAGGUGGUGUGGUUGGCACUGCCUCCCUUUUGGAAUAGUUGCGCCCAAACCACCCAAGAAGAUCAUCAAGGACAUCAAGGUUGUGAAUCAAGAAACUCGCAAGAUUGGCGAUCUGCUGGACAAGGGGGAAGACGGCUCAUCGCGGCGACGGCGGCCGCGCAUGCCUGAUUCAAGCAGGGAAAUUCUUCACACUAGAAGAGGAUUCGUUGGGCGCGACAAGGAGAAGGAUGAUAUCCUGCAGUUGCUCAUCCAGCCAUGUGCCAAGUCUGCUGUUAUCUCUGUUGUUGGUGAAGCAGGAAUUGGGAAGACAACUCUUGCUCAGAUGGUGUUCACUGAUGCAACAGUUCAGGAGCAUUUUGAUGUCAAAUGUUGGGUGUCAGUUUCCAGUAGCUCCAACAAGAUGGAGCUCGCAGCCGAGAUCCUAAGGUCUGUCCUACCGGCCUGGGAUGGCUCCGCUGACAAGAUGCUGGAUUUUAAAAUGCUUCAGUCGGAGCUCCGUCGAGCUCUUACAUCCAAGAGGUAUCUGAUUGUUCUUGAUGAUGUGUGCAACAUCACAGAUGAAACCUGGAUGGACAUGCUCGCUCCUCUACAGUCAGCAGAUACCGGGAGCAGAAUUAUGGCGACUUCCCGCAUGGACACCAUGCCUCACAUCUUCAGAGCGUCGCAGCUGUACACCGUGAAUCCGCUGAAGAGCGAGGAUUGCUGGACCCUGCUGAAGGAACAUGCUUUGCCAAGUGAUCCCGGUAAUGUCUAUCAAGAACUUCACCCGAUCGGGAAGCAGAUUGCUGAAAAAAUCAAUGGAUCACCUCUGGCUGCUAAGCUAGUGGGAGGUUUGCUGGGAGAUACAAGGAGCACAAUUCACUGGAUGAACAUCAUGGAAAAAGGAUUACAAGAUAAUGCUGUUUUCUCCGCCCUAUGCUUGAGCUAUAAAUACCUACCGGUACACCUCAAGCGAUGCUUUGCAUAUUGCAGUUUGUUUCCAGAGGACUAUAAGUUUGAUCCAGCACACUUGUUCCGCCUUUGGAUUGCCGAGGGUUUUGUUCAACCACAAGACAGGGCUGAAAAAAGGAUGGAAGACAUUGCUAGAGAAUAUUUUGAUCAGCUCCUUUCACGCUCAUUCUUCCAGGAAAUCAAGCUUGGAUCCAAGACGUACUACUUGGUGCAUGGCUUACUCCAUGAUCUUGCAAGGUCUGUUGCAGCGGAGGACUGUUUCCGUAUUGACGAUGGCACGAACUGUGACAUCCCGUUAACAGUGCGCCAUCUGUCUGUCACCAUGAACAGUCUACCUGCCCUCACAAGCUUCCGCAGUCUAAAAGAGUUGCGCACCUUGUUAAUCCGACCGUCACUUCCAUCCAACUCCAGUUGCUCCCAAGAGGAUUUUGCUGUGAAUUUAAAAAGUAUCCUGGAGAAGUCAAAACAGUUGCGUGUUCUUGAUCUCAGUUGCUUUAAGUCCAAAGAGUUGCCCCAAUGCAUUGAUGACUUAUUGCACCUCCGUUACCUAUCUAUCCAUGGCUCCAUCCAGAGGCUUCCUGAGUCGAUUGGCAAGCUCCUGCAUCUGCAAGUAUUGUGCUUCACUGGGAAAUGUUCUUUUGAUAAGCUUCCUGAGAACGUUACUAUGUUGGUCAAUUUGCGGCACCUUCUUGUUGAAACAAAGUGUACUGCAGGAUUGGCGGGCAUUGGUCGGCUAGCUAACCUUCAGGGAUCACUUGAGUUCCACAGUGAGAAGAGGGAAGGGCAUAGACUAGAAGAGUUGAGGAACAUCAAUGGUCUCCAUGGGCUACUAAAAAUAAAAGGUCUAGAAAAUGUUUCAAGCUAUGAAGAAGCCUGCAAAGCUGAGUUGAAUAAAAAAACACAUCUUAAUUCUUUGAACUUAGAAUGGAGCUCCGCUAGUAGGAAUAACCCUCCUCCUGCGGACGUAAAGGUACUUGAAGGCCUAAAGCCGCACCAAGACAUUAAGGUACUUAACCUUAGAAGGUAUUGUGGCGCCAGAGCUCCCAGCUGGCUACCAUUAUUGCAGCAGCUGCGUUCCUUGCACCUUACCAAUUGCAGGAGUUUGACCAUGCUUCCUCCACUGGGGCAUUUGGGAUCACUCAGACAUUUACACAUGAAGGAGCUGUGUGCGGUUGACUGUAUUGGACAUGAGUUUUAUGGCACUGGUGAUGUGGCAUUUCCAUCCCUAAACUUCCUUGAAUUUGAUGAUUUCCCAAGGUUGCAUGACUGGUCCGGAAUAGCACACGGAAAGUCAUUUCCAUGCCUUGAAAGAUUAAUCAUAAUGGAUUGUCCAAAAUUGGUCAAAAUUCCUCCCCUCCCCCCAACUACUUGUGAAGUUACCAUUGAGCGUACACAGUUAUUACCAUAUAUGAGGCUUGCCCCUUUUUCUUCGAGUUCAGAGAAGCUCCAACUGGAUGUUUGUACAACUAAUGUCCACUUCAACGGCUUACUUCAUGAACAGCACAGAGGAGCCAUUGUAGCCGUAAACAUAAGUGGUGCUGAGCAGUUCGUUGCUACUGAGGAAAUAGGGUCGCUUGUUUCUCUACAAAGGUUGCAGCUUAGUCGCUGUAAUUUUACUGACCAAAAUUUUAGUAGGUUUCUCCAGGCUCUCCCUUGUCUCUCCUCAUUGGAGAUGAUAGACCUGCCUAACAUGACAUCUCUUCCAGCAUCGGAAACACUUAAGUUCUGCACCAUGCUCACUGAGUUGUCCAUACGCAACUGCCAGCUUUUGCACUCUCUAUCCUCAUUGCAGUUUUUUGAUUCACUAAAAGUUCUGGUGAUCGAGAGAUGUCCUAAAAUUACUGCAACAUCAUUUCCGUUGAACUUUAGUAGCCUUUCAUCUCUCAAAGUGUUGAGAAUAUCAUACUGCUCAGAGCUCCAAUCUUUACCAGUAUGCGGUCUGCCAUCCUCAUUGGAAACACUUCAUAUUAUUGGGUGCCACCCGGAGUUGUCCAAACAGUCAAGAAAUAGGACAGCUGCUUUGGUACCUAGUGUGCCGAUUCAGUGACAGAAUAUUUUGCAGGAUCUGCUUAAAUCUCAACACUCUUUUUUUCUGCUUGUAUUUUGUCAGUGGCAUAACAGUUACUAUUGUUAAUUGCAGGGAGAGAUGGCAAUGCAAACACUGAGGCCACCUGAACACAACCUUGGAGCAUCUCUAGUAGAAUCUCUAUCCCUUGAAACUGCCAAAAUCUGUCAAAAUCCCACUCCAUGAGAUUCCCUAUCCCAAACCAUAUCCCUAUAAUUUUUAGGUUCAAACCUAAAAACACCCCACCUUGACCCAAAAUAUAGGGUAAAAAAUACCCACUGAUCCACGGGAGACCAAAUUCCCCCAAGUUCUCACCUGCUGCCCAAUCGACCCCGCUGUCGCCCCAGUGACUCCAUGGAUGCCACUCGUCCCCUGCGGCCCAUUCAACUCCUCGUAGUGCUGAGUUGUUGCCACCCGCAUUGCCCAUGGCGGCUCUCGAGUUGGCCGUGUCAGCAUCAAGUGUGGUGCUGCCCGCCGCCGGCGGGCGCGCGGGGCCACCGCAGCUCUUAAGCCCCACCUGGGUGCCACCAACAUGCAGCCCACCGGCCUUACGACACAUGAUACCAGCAUCCCGUAUCUGUGGCGCGCACAUGGCACUAACGCCGGCGAGAGGCCCAUCUAACCCCCACGCAUCCCUCCCAUCCCUUGUAGCCCCUCCUCCACCUGCUAUUGAUGUCAGCAAGCUCGGCAUGGGCAACGCUCUGAGGCAUUCGACCAAAUGCCCGCAAGUGCCAAUUUUUCAUGAGCAUGAUGAGCGUCUCUGUGUGCAUAGACGACAUCAACUACUUGAUGCCAAAUUCUCAAGUACAAGAUGUCGUGGAGUUGUUUGGCACUCUGUUUGACAAGAAGGCGCAAAGGUCGGCCCAUUACACGGUGGGUAAGGAUGGGACAUUGGUGAUGGCAUAGGACUAGGAGAAUAUGACGCUUGAUGAGGCCAUGGGGAAUGAUCAUACCAGGGCCAACUAUUGGAAGGACAUUAAGUAGGAAAAUCAUCACAAUGUGAAGACACCCUCCUGUCAGGAUGAACUGUUUUGGAUUAUGUUGUGCAUUUGUAUGUGUGUUGAAAAUUUCAAAGUUAUGGCAUUGUAAAAUAGAAGUUUGAAUUUUCGUGAUGUGAUGAAAUUGGAGUUAAAAUGGGUUUGAA